AUUGUUGUUUUGUUUAUAUUUCGAUGAUGAGAUCUGAUUUUGUGCAAAUUCGAUUAUUUUUCAAUAGCAGAGAGUGCAGCUUAGAUUUUAUCGUUUAAUACUAUUCAAUUAGUUUGAAAUAAAUUAUAAUCUUAGUCAUAUCAUUCGAAAAAUUUGUUUCAUUUUGAAAAAUGUAAUCAAAAAAUUCGAUUGGUUCGACUCCCACUCAUCAUCUGGAUACACACACACACGCACACACAUACACAUACGCCUCACUGCCCCGAAUGGUCUAGGAAAAAUGUUUGAUUUUGAUGUUUGAAUUAGAAGUGGUGAGUGUUUUAAAGUACGAUUAUUUUUAAAUAAUUAAUUAUUUAUUCAAGUGUGAAGCAGCGGUACUCUUCCACAGUAGCAUUUAGAAAAGCAUGACGUUCCUUUUCAAAUACCACAGUCCAUUUUCUUGAUGGUAAUUGAACACCUAGAAUCAGUGAUAUGUCUUCUGAUAAAAGAAAGGAAGUCAAUGAGAAACACGAUACGCCAGAUAGUACUACGAAAGAACGUCUUAGUUUUUACGAAGGCGAAGAUAUCCUCGUAUCACAAGCAGAUGGUACUUUUCAUUUCGGCAUUAUCGCAGAAAUAUGCGUUUCAAGUAAAAAAUGUUUAGUGAAAUUUGGCGAUGGAACAGAAUCCUGGUCACAUUUCAGAGACCUUACGCCUCUCAAUAUACCAGAAACCGAAGAGUGUUCAGUCGUUUGCGUUACAUGUAAACGUUCGCAAACUAAGAAAAAUAACGUUAUAGUUGUAUGUGAAAAAUGUGGUCGAGGGUAUCAUCAGGAAUGUUAUAAGCCGGUUAUCCAGUCGGUCAAAGUUGAUUGGAAAUGUAAACGUUGUGAUCGAAGUAAUAAAAACUGCCAAUCUGUAACGAAAAAGACUGUUAUCGAAGACUUACCCUAUGACACUACAACGAAUAACUCGUCAAAUUCGGACGCUCAUUUGGCCGACUUACCGCCUACUCCGCCAUCCUCGGUAUCGGCUCCAGAAACACCUCAGCCAUCCAUAGUAAAUGGCGAACCGCCUACGUCACCGAUCGAGGAUCGCUGCUGCGAUUUCAACGAAACAUCCACACCGAAUAAUCAAACCGCCGUCAACGGUGUCGUCAACGGUGCUGAAACAUCGCCCUCCUGUCGAUGUUUAAACCUAGAUAAUUUACUUUCAUCGCGUACUAGAAAAGCCAAAAGUCAACCGUCGAUCAGCCUCCCGUUACAGUUAAACGCUGUGAUAACCGAUCCGGUGAUUAGACCGACCAAACGUCGACUCAGUGAAAAAGACCUAUGUGUUAAGACUAACGGAGAAAUACGCGUUAAACGUCGUCGAAUUAAUCGACUCAAUGGUCUUGCAGCCAAUCUGCGACCCAGCGUUAAUAAAGCGUUGGCAGCGGCCGUAGUGGCUGCAGCGGCCAGACCAUCGACGACGUGUUCGACGCCUGUAAAAAUAGUUCCCAAUGGAUCGACGACGGCCGAUCUGAAGAGUGUAGUUUAUGGAUAUUAUAACGACGAGACUAAAAGUGACGCCGAAACAAAAUUAGACAAGGUUAGAGCCGGAGAAGAAUUCAGAAUUUGUGGUAAAAGACAAACACUAGAUGGGAAAGUAGAGUAUCUUAUUGACUGGGUGAAAUGUACGAAACCUCUUUGAUAUCGGAGCAUUUUUGUUCUCCUUUGUUGUAUAAGUGUCGCGUGUAGAAUGUUCUUACUA